GUGAAAUGAGAUUGGGGAGUUUUAUCAUGAUGGGGUGGUUUUCGGGAGCGGAAUGAAGGGCAAAGUUUCAUGCUGGUGGUCAUGACACUUCACAAAUGGUAGGUUCACAUCAGUUUAAGUUUGAUUUUAAGCCACAAUCGCCGCACACAGCUGCAUAGCCACAAUCGUUAUUCCGUCGGAUCGUUGCACAGCUGCACCGCCGCACUGCUGCACCGCCGCACUGCUGCAUAGCCACACAGCUGCACAGCCGCACCACUGCACGCCUACACCACCGCAUAGUCGCACGCACCACCGCAGCAUCACCGUGUCUGCUCAGCAUCUCCCUAAGUUUCUGUACGAGUUCACUGCAAACCCCUGGCUUCCUUCAAGUCCCACAUCUUCCCAAAUAGGUAUUCAAUGUAUUCAAUGUCUUUGUCAGUAUUAAGGUUUAGGUUUCCAAAGUUUGUUCCUUUUUAUGCAAAUGCAAGCUUCCACUCUCAAUCUCUCAAUCACGACGAUGCCGUUGCCUCAUUCAAUUGCAUGCUCCAUAUGCAUCCUUCCCCACCUAUCUUCCAUUUUGGCCACAUUUUGGGAUCCCUCGUCAAGAUGAACCAUUACCCAACUGCUAUUUUCCUUUCCAAACAAUUGGAAUUCAAAGGUAUUACACCAAAUAUUGUUACUUUCAACAUCCUCAUCAACUGCUUCUGCCACCUCGGUCACAUCAAUUUUGCCUUUUCUGUGUUCGCCAAGAUUCUCAAAAUGGGAUAUAAGCCAAAUGCAAUUACCUUCAAUACACUCAUCAAAGGCUUCUGUCUUUGUGGUCAGCUUAGGAAAGCACUGCAAUUUCAUGAUUGCGUUAAAGCUCAAGGAUUUCAGUUGAACCAUGUUAGUUAUGGGACUUUGAUCAAUGGUCUUUGUAAAUCAGGAGAAACAAAGGCUGGCAUAGAGUUACUCAAAAGGAUUGAAGGGCAUUCAAUUAAACCUAAUGUGGUAAUGUAUAACACAAUCAUUGACAGCUUAUGCAAAAAUAAACUUGUUGCUGAUGCCUGUAAUUUGUAUUCUGAAAUGCUUGUCAAAAAGAUUUCUCCGAAUGUUGUCACUUUCAGUAGUUUAAUGUAUGGCUUUUGCAUUAUGGGUCAUUUCAAAGAAGCAAUUGCUUUUUUAAAUGAUAUGAAAUUGAAAAACAUCAACCCAAAUAUUGUUACCUUUAACAUAUUGGUUGAUGCGUCAUGUAAGGAAGGAAAGAUAAAAGAAGCUAAAAUUGUGAUAGCUUCGAUGGUAAAAGCAGGUGUGGAACCUGAUGUUAUUACUUAUAAUACAUUAAUGGACGGAUACUGCAUGGUUAAUGAAGUGAAAAAAGCAAAGCAUGUAUUCAACUCUAUGUCCCAAAUAGGAGUGGCACCUGAUGUUUAUAGCUAUACUAUCAUGAUUGAUGGAUUAUGUAAGAAGAAAAUGAUAGAUGAAGCCAUCAAUCUUUUUGAAGACAUGCAACGCAAAAAUAUGAUUCCUGAUACAGUAACUUAUAGUUCACUUAUUGAUGGUCUGUGCAAAUCGGGAAGGAUAGCUGAUGUUUGGAAUCUUGUUGAUGAGAUGCAUGAUAGAGGUCAACCUGGCCAUAUAAUUACCUACAGUUCCUUAUUGGAUGCUUUAUGCAAAAAUGGUCAUCUAGACAGAGCAAUUGCAUUAUUCAAGAAAAUGAUUAAUUGGAAAAUUCAGCCAAAUAAGUACACAUACACAAUACUUAUUGAUGGACUGUGCAAAGGUGGAAGACUUGAGAAAGCGCAAGAAGUUUUUCAGUAUCUUUUGAUUAAAGGCCAUCAUCUCAAUGUCGUCACAUAUACUGCUAUGAUCAAUGGACUUUGUAAAGUGGGGUUGUUUGAUGAAGCAUUGGACUUGCUGUCAAUAAUGGAAGAGAAAGGUUGCAUCCCUAAUGCUAUAACUUUUGAAAUAAUUAUUUCUGCUCUAUUUGAAAAAGACGAGAAUGAUAAGGCAGAGGAGCUUCUCCGAGAAAUGAUUGCUAAAGGCUUAUUGUAAGUGUUAAAUCAGGUUCCUCUGCCAGAAUAAAAUUCUUUGGUGCAAAUGAUAUACCAAAUGUGGAAAACCUUGAUCUCCAGAUGUAUAGAGACAAAUGGCUGAACUCCUCAUAUGCAAGCUCAUAAUAUAUUCACCACCACCAACCAACAUAACUACAUGUAGGACUGAUUUCUUCCCUGUACUGUCUCCAUAGUUUGUGUUUUUGUUUUUAAUUUAAGGUACAAGGUUUGCUUUUUAUGUUAAUUAUGUUUUGGAAAAAUGAUAGAAGAAGGUACCAAACCCAGACUACACAUUAGUCAGUGUGGCUGUACAACCUAAUGUCUGUUUAUAGAUUUACAGUUUCAUGGACAAAUACAGAAUGUAGCAUUAGUUCCCUUUGCUUGUUAUUUUAUAAUGUGUGGACUUGGAAAGCAUAA